AAGGAAAUGGCUUUUCGUCUCCUGUGCAGCAGGUGGCGGCAGAGCAGCGCUCCGUCAGAGUUCUCGCGAGAGAAGAAGAGACUUGUUUCUUAAAACGCAGGAGAUCUUGUCUUCAGCUGCGGAGUAAAAGGUCAUGGAGAUGAAUGAAGCGAAGGCGAAACUCCGGAAGAAUCCCAGCCCCUCGCAGAAAAGAUCCCGAAGAGCCAAAGCGCCCCCCACGUGCCCUCACUGCGGAAAGAGCUUCGUGCGAAACGAGCACCUCAAAAUGCACCUCCUGAUUCACACCGGAGAGAAGCCCUUCUCGUGCCUCCAGUGCGGCCGGAGCUUCCGGUGCCAAGGAGACCUGACCAAACACACCCGGAUCCACACCGGAGAGCGUCCCUUUGCGUGUCUCCAGUGCGGAAAGGGCUUCCCGAGCUCCUACGCGCUCAAAACCCAUCGGCUCCUUCACUCGGGCGUCCGCUCCUUCAGCUGCGAUCGGUGCGAGAAAUCCUUCGUCCUGCCCACGUACCUGCAGAGACACUCGAAAAUCCACGAAGACCGGAAGCCUUGCGUGUGCCCGCUCUGCGGCAAGGCGUUUUUCUACCUCAAGGAGCACCAGAAGAUGCACGCCGCCGUGAGGGAGCACCUGUGCUUCGAGUGCGAGAAGAGCUUCACCUCGGCCAAAUCGCUCAAGCAGCAUCAGAUGAUUCACACGGGAGAGAAGCCGUACAAGUGCACGCGCUGCGACAAGAGAUUCACGCAGUCGGGGUCCCUGAAAGACCACGAGCGGGUUCACACCGGAGAAAAGCCGUACCGGUGCUCCUCGUGCGGGAGGGACUUCAGCCGAUCGAGCAACCGACGGACUCACAUGAGAAAGUGUCGCCAGGCGUUAGACAUUCAGAUCGAGACGGCAUGUUAGCUGGAAAAAGACUUUUAUCAAUAUGUUAAAAUAACAAACGUAGGAACAAAUUGUUUUAAUAUUAUAUUUUUAUUUUAUUUUUAGUAUUUUUUUUUUCUUAUAACUGAUGAUUUGGCCCCCCCACAACAUUUUUUUUUUACAUUUCUUUGCACUAUAAAAGCAAAAAAUAAUACGCGCCAUUAAAGAUCCAUUUACGAAAAGACUCGUCCGUUUCUGCUUCAUACUGAAUCAUGCAUAUCCUCCCUCGUGGUUCAUUUAAUUACCGUGAUGUGAAGAGUCUGUUUAUCGGUCGUCACAGUUUUCACAGUGCUUUAUAUGAAAUUAAUUAAUUUUGUAUUUUCUAACGUGGUUAUAAUAAAAAGGCAAGCAAAGCCAAAAUCUUUGAGCCAUGCAAAUAUCCUUCACGUCUUUGGUUUUAAUUCGGUUUAAUCUCUUUUCUUUGCUUUUUUCCUUUCCUGCUUACCAUAGAUCCGUAUCGCCUGUUAUACUUUUUUUGUUUUUGUUUAAAGCAUAAUAAUAAUAAAUCGUAAACACUCUUGCACCAGUACUAA